AGCAAAUGGCCGAGUCAUGGUAAUGAGCCAGGUCGCAACAGGACUGGAACACCCAGUGACUACAACAAUACUCGAGCGAAUCGAUAGCUGUAAAUUGAACUUUUGGACCGUCAAACAACGUUUCUAUACCCUAUCUGUUAAUAAAUAACGGAUCGGCUAUUUCCAUUUGGGGUAAACAUUUCUACCGAUCAUUCUUUACUAUUUUACAAUCCCCACGAUAUUAUCUUCUUUAUAAGACAAUCGUGCAGGUACUAUCACCGUUCUUUGCCAUAGUGUUGUUUUGUCGACUUACUAAUAAAUACUUGCAAAGGUAUAAUUUUCCCUGGAAUCACAUAUAUAUGGUCGAUCCCAUUUAAAAAUAAAUGAGUCUGCACAAGGUCAGGUCUAAGUCUUGUCAACACGCGUCACAUACACAAACUGGGGUACUGUUUAAGCAAAAGUUAUGAAUAUGGAAACAUAAUGUUGCAGAUUUACUGUUAGCACUGAAUUAACCCCUUGAGAUUUGACAUUUGAAUUAAUGACGCAGUGACAAGCAUGCAAGUUUUUCACAAUGACGAGUCUUCUCCAGAAAAUCCAAAUAUUUUUCGCCCAAAACAGCUUGACGUAAUCAGUUACAUUGACAUAUCAACUAGUCUUCUAAGUAUUUUUGGUGCAGGAUCCGUUGUUCUUGUUGCACUUGGAAAGAGGAAAGUUCGGGCUAAGGACGGUUUCUAUAUAAGCUCGUUUUCUUUAUCUGUUAUGUAUGCAUUUGAAGUUUACAUGCGCGUCAAAGAUAAACUGCAGUCAAACAGGCGUUUAUCUGUUUUUUCCACGCCAUGUUGCCCAUCUUUCAACAUGAAAAUAUUUUGUUAUGUGCUUUCGUGGAUCGUCCCAGUUGCUGUAUCUGUUGCAUUGAUGGUUGUUAUACAAGAAGAGGGACACAACGCAGAUAUUGCUGACCCCUGUGUCAACUAUGAAUGCCUACUGAUGUUUCAUCAGCAAAACGACGUGUGUUUAAACCAAAGUCGUCUGGGAGAUGAAGGUCGAAUUGUUGCAAAGAGUUUGUUCAUAGUUCCUUUAAUCUUAGCCAUGGCUACAAUAUUGGUUAUCUAUGUAAAGACAUUUAGGCUAUUUCGAAGAGUUCAGAUAAGUGGUGGCGUAUUAACAAAAAAGCAUCAUGAAGCCGUCAGAGAAGUUCGAAACAAAGGUUUGAUGUACUCAUCUGCGUUUGCAUUCUGCUGGAUACCAGCACUUGCUCUGGGUCUGACGUCAUUUAGCAACCGAGUAGAUGUACAAGAUAUCUAUUGGUUGGUUAUAUUACAGUCUCUUACAGCCACCCUCCAUGGUUUCAUGAACUGUGUAAUUUACGGAUGGAAUCGCACCAAUUUUACGAAUGCACUUAGAGUUGUGAAAAGACAAAAAGAAUUUAUUGUAAAAUAUUCGUCAUACGGGACCCUUCAGGACAGCAACUGCGACGUUACAUGACAACAUUGUUCGCCUCAGUAAUCAUCGGGAAAAUGCUGUGUAAUAAACUAAGUGUAGUUUUUAUCUUUAAGAGCAAAAUUAAUUUCUAUGUAUAUAAUAUAUGAAAAUAUUAUAAGUAAAUAGAAUGGAUGAAUAAAUGUUAAACAAAUGUA